AUGGCAGAUGUAACCCUAUUAUAAACUAUCGAACUUCCACAGUUUAUCACAUAAGCGAUUUAUGCAGAAGAUAUUGAUUUAUUAAUUAUCUCUGGAUUUAAUGGUUUAAUUAGCUCAUUCAAUACAAAAACGGUGACUAAUAUCUACAAAAGUGGUUCAUAUUAGUUAGAAAUUUAAUCUAUUACAGAUAUUUUUCUUUCUCAAGAUUAUUAAUAUAUCUAUGUAGGAGCAUUUUUAAGUGGAAUGUUUGUAUUGAAAAUCAAUUAAGCAGUCGAUAAUAUAAAUAAUUUAUAAGAUGAAACAAUCUUUAUCCUUGCUGGAACGGGAAUAAUGGGUGACACGGCUUAAUCUUGCUUGUAAACAAGAGAUUUUUAUGUCUAUUGCUAUGAUCUAUGGACAGGAUUAUAUUUUGCAAAUGCUUAGUAACUAGCACAAUCAAACUAAAACGAAUUUCCAAUAACAUUUACAUUUACAUAUUAUUGGCCUUAAGUAUAGCCAAUUCCAUCAAUCCAAGCUCUUAUAACCAACUCUGCAGAGACUAUAUUAUUUUGUGCAGUAAGAUCUUUUGGGAUUUAUCUGUUUGACAUAAGAUAACGUGAUAAAUUAUAAUUAAUUUAGCUAAUUAGCUCAAACUCUAUCCCAUUCUCAAUUUAGCUUUCAAGAAACGAACUUUAUUUGUAUAUGUCAAACAAUCAAAAUAUUUAUUCAUUUAAUUAAGUUUAAGUGAAUUUGAAUGAUGAUUUUCCCAAUCUAUUCAAUAUCCACUAAUCAAAUUUUAAAGAGAUUCCUUUUAAUUAUAAGUAAAGGUGUUAUACAGAUUUAUCAGACAGUUAUCUUUUUGGAGCAUUUGAUUAUGAUGGUAUCUAUGUUUUUCCUAUUUAUAGAAACCCUUAUAGACUUAAUAUAACAAACUUUUAAGUCUAUCCUUUUUAUACUGACGAAUUGUUAUUUGACUUACAAGGUAAAUAUAUAAUUUUCCCUCAGUAUUUUAAAGGUCCAGUGCUUAGCAUUUAUCAAUAUUAUCCUUUAGAUAAUAGCUUACAAUAAAAAGAUAUUUCACCAAUGAAUAUGAAAUUAAUUAAAAAUUAUUAUUACAAUACUUCUGAUUAUACUCCAAAUAUGGCUUUUAGUGUUGAUAGAACUUUAGCGAUUUAAAGCUUUUAAUCAUUUCUGAUCCUUUAUAACACAACAGACGUUCUUGAUUUUCAAAUUUUGUCUACAUGGUAAAAACCAAAUUAUUUACUAGGAGAUUUAUACAAUUCUAUUAUUGCUUAAAAUAAUAAAUGGAUAUUUGGUAUUUCUUUAUAGUAUGGGUAUUUUCUAUUAGAUAUUUAAAACAAAACAAACCCGUAUUUAGCAAAUUAUUCUAUUACCCAUAGUGGAUUUUCUUUAGUGGCUUCUAAAUAUUAUAAUUUAGCAUAUAUAGCAGAAUGUACAUAAGGUUUUUCUAUUUUAGAUACAGCAGCCUUUCCUUAAUUCAAAUAUAUGUCAAGAUUAAAUAUACCUGGAUGUACGUUUAUGGUAUUACCCAUUCAAAAAGAUGAGUAUAUUUUGGUAACUUAAAACGAUAAAGGUGUGCUAACUUUGAUAGACAUUAGAAAUAAGUACAAUCCUGUAAUAAUAAAUUAAAUAUAUUACCAAAACCAGUAUUCUUAGGCUGUUUGCUCAUGUAAUACUAUGAAGUAUAUUUUUAUAACUAUUUCUAAUGGUAUUCUUACGAUGCCCUUUUUUAGCGAAGUUAAAAUUCAUACAGAUGUUUUUUUAAUGAAACACUUUCUAAAUACAUAAUAACCUUAAAAACAAAAAUAUAGUAGGUAGAAUUUUACAUAGUCGGAUAACAAUUCUAAUAUUUUUAAUGAAUAUAUCUUUUAAGUUGGUUAAAAUAUAGUUUUGGAUUUUAUAAUCCUCUAUCCAAUAAACUUAGGUAUGAAAGUUUCUAAUGUUUAUUUUUAUUAAAAUGGAAACAUAGUUAACAUACCACAAUAUUUUACAUUUGAUUAAUAAUAGCAAAGUCUUUAAAUGCAAAUUAAUUCUCAAUUAAUUGAUAAUAAUUAAGCUAUUUCAAACUUAAAAAUAAUAUUAAUUAAAUCUUAUACACCUUUGGAUGCGACUUCUUUCAUUUAUUUUGCUGAAGACUCAGCUGACUUAGGAAUAACUAAUUCAACUUAAUCUUUCCUUAUUUAUUAAUAUUUGAUUAAUUUAAAUAUUAUUAAUUUUGAUGGGAUAAUAAAUGAAAAUUAUAAUGUAUAAAGUGCAUUCAAUUUUGAUUAAAAGCUUUAAAGCUAAUUAUUUGAUUAAAAAAUAAUUUAAAAUAGUUCCUACGAAGCGAUACUCUAAUAGAUUACAUAAAAAGUUAGUUUAACUAUCAAGAAAUCUUACUCUUACAACCCUUUUAAAUAUUAUGUUAUCUCUUCACUAAAGUUUGAUAACUCAAAUAGAUUCUAGUUUAUCUCUACAAAUUCCCUCUAAUCUAUUUAAGUAAUUUUAUAAAUAAAUAGCGAAAUUGGAAAAUUAAUUCAUAAAAACCAAGAUAGUGUAAAUUUUUAAAUUUCAGAAUCACAAGACUAACUUCAAAUAAUAGGAACUUUGUAAAAUGUUAACAAAGUGUUGUCAUAGUAAAUCAUAUUUGCUAAUUCAUCUUCGGUUAAUCAAAACAGUUUAUCAGCUAUUUAAAUAACAAUAAAUGACAAUAUAAAUUACCCUUUAACAAAUUCAAUAAGGAUUUUCGAAUGCAAUUUUAUAAAACUUAAAAAUUAAAUUCAAGUGAAUAAAAAAUUCAAUUUAUAAAAGUAAAUUGAAAAUCAAUUUAAGGAAGGAAUUAUCGAUAUUGAAUCAGAUAUUGUAAUACAAUUUUCUUCAAAAUCUUUUUAUAUAGGAGAUACUCAAAAAAUUACCUAUUAAACAUAUGUUUAGAAUUCAGAUGGUGAAUUUGUACUAAUUCCUCCAAGUUUAUGGCUUUAAUAGCAAAGUAAUGAUAAACUAAAUUUCAAAGGAACAACUACUUCUAGUAUAUAUCGUAAUUAUUAUAAGUUUAAGGUAAAAGCUACUGAUGGAUAUACAACUGCAGCUGACUAUUUUGUUGUAUAAGUGAGUGGUAUUCCCUUUACCUAUGCUAUAAACUUACUAAUAAAAAUUUUGGGCCCACUUCUAGGAAUCUUGGGUUUAUAUUAAUAAAGACACUUUUUCUACAACAUUAUAUUUUAAAAAUAAGUGACUUUCUCUAAUGAAGAAGUUGAAUGUGGAUAAGAAUAUCAAAAAAAAUUAAUAAUUAUUGGUAAAUAGAAUGAAGAUGCAAUUUUUAUAGUAAGGACACUAUUCAAAAAUGUUAUGUAAAAACCUUAAUAAAGACUUUCAAAAGGAGAAGUAGAAUUACCAUGUCAUAGAGCUUCAGUUGAUUAAUAAGAAAAUAUGGAUAACUUAUCUGAAGAAUAAAAUAAAAAAAACCAAUAAGAUGAAAUUAAAUUCAAAGAUUUUGAAAAACUUGAACAAAAAAACGGAUUUAAUAUCUUUUUAAAAAAAGCAAAUAACUAAUAAUAUAAAAAACUUUUAUCUAAUUUUUUAAAAAUUAAAUCUAAAGGUGAAAAAUCUAGUCUUGAAAAGAGAUACCUAAAUAAAUCUGGGAGUUUAGUUUUAUCUUAAGCAAUUUAGGAUAUUAUUAAUUUUAAAAUAAAACCUAGCACUUAUUAAAAAUAAUCAAAUGAGUAAUAUUUAAAUGAGCUAUAGGAUGUGAAUUCUGUUCUAUAAAGGGCUAUAAGGGCAUAAAUUUCUCGAAAUUUACUAAAACAUGAUCAAAAAUCUUAAAUUAUUUACGAACUUAUUAAAAACUAUUGCUUUUAGAAUAUCAAUCAAAAUAAAAAUGAUUGGUAUAAAGCUAUUAUUAAGAUAUAAUACAAAAGUAAAAGAAAUUCUUAAUAAAAUAAUAAUUAUAGUUCGUUUGAUACUUUCCCUUCAUUAGAUUUUAAGUAUGAUCAGUUAUUAUUCAUAUUUUAAUAGAUUUUAAAUAUUGAAAAAUCUGAAAUAACAAAAAUACCACACUCAUUUAAUUCGUUUAAAAAAUAUAUUAACGUAUAUUUUAAAGAUAUAAAUUUAUAUCUCUUUAGAGAAGUUAUUUUUGCUGAUGUUUUAGGAUUUCCUCAAAAAAAACCUUCAGGCUUCCAGCCUUCAGUAGGGCAAUCUAUUCAUAUUAAUUCAUACAAUUUUAGUUAAAUUAUUGCAUUUAAAAAAAGAGAAAUAUGUUCAUAUCUAAGACCAAUUUAUUAAUUUCUAAAUAUGGAAUACAGUAAAUACGGCUUUUCUAAAAAUAUGAGAUUACCAGCUUGGCUCUAAUUUGAUUAAAAAAAUGGCUUUAUUAUCUUACAUGGAAUUCCUUAAUAGCAAGACAUUGAAGAAAUACUAAUUAAAAUUUAUGAUACUAAUAAAUACGUCAUAUAGUAAUUUAUAAUAAAAAUUAAAUUUAGCAUGCAAAGUGAUAAAUAAUAAUAGUAAAUAGAUGAAAUAUAUACUGAUUUAGAAGAGUCUAAGUAAUUGAUAACUUAAACAAAAUAUUAGCCUAUAUAAAAGAUAAAAAAACCAAUGAUCUUAUAAUAAAAUAGCCAAAGUAAAUAUUAAUUUUUGAAAAAUUUUUCUGAUUCUUUAUCGCCAUCAUCUCAAAAUUAAAGUAGCUUUCAAAAUGAAUUAAAAAUCAAUAAAUCAGUAAUUCAAAAUUUAAAUUCUAUUUAAAAAACUUACCCUGAUUAAGAUGAUAUUAUUUAGGGAAGUAUCGAAUCAAACAUAGGAGAGGAAUUGAGUAAAUCAGAAACAAUUGCAUUUUCAGUAUUUACCACUCACAGAAAUUCUAUUUCUGAAAAGUAGGAACAACAAUUUUUAAACUUUUAGCAAAUAUUCUAAACUGAUGAAAUCAAUGAAAAUUUAUGA